GUGGAGCAGGUGGUCAGCUACAAUCCCCACAUCUCUUAGUGCCUCUGUCCCAACCUGGGGAGAAGAGAAGGUAGAGCAGAUCCAGCGAACGUCUCAGUGGAUUGUGAGAAAGCAGCCGGCACCGUGGAUGGCGUGGCAGGUGAGCGUGCCUGAGCUGGAGGACCGCCUUCAGUGCCCCAUCUGCCUGGAGGUCUUCAAGGAGCCCAUGAUGCUGCAGUGCGGCCACUCCUACUGCAAGGGCUGCCUGGUGAACCUGUCCCACCACCUGGACUCGGAGCUCCGCUGCCCAGUGUGCCGGCAGGAGGUGGAUAGCAGCAGCUCCCCGCCCAACGUCUCUCUGGCCCGGGUGAUCGAAGCUCUACAGCUCCCCGGGGACCCGGAGCCCAAGGUCUGCCAGCACCACCGGAACCCGCUCAGCCUCUUCUGUGAGAGGGACCAGGAGCUCAUCUGCGGCCUCUGCGGCCUGCUGGGCUCCCACCAGCAGCACCGCGUCACGCCUGUCUCCACCGUCUACAGCCGCAUGAAGGAGGAGCUAGCGGCUCUCAUCUCUGACCUGAAGCAGGAGCAGAAGAAGGUGGAUGAGCAUAUUGCCAAGCUGGUGAACAACAGGACCCGGAUUGUCAAUGAAUCUGACGUCUUCAGCUGGGUGAUCCGUCGCGAGUUCCAGGAGCUGCACCACCUGGUGGAUGAGGAGAAGGCCCGUUGCCUGGAGGGGUUGGAGGGUCAUACCCGUGGCCUUGUGGCCUCCCUGGACAUGCAGCUGGAGCAGGCCAAGGGCACUCAGGAGCGGCUGGGCCAGGCUGAACGUGUGCUCGAGCAGUUCAGUAAUGAGAGUCACUAUGAGUUCAUCCGGAAGUAUCACUCCACGGCCUCCAGAGCAGAGCUCCAGCAGGCCCGGCCUCUGGAAGGCGCCUUCAGCCCCAUCUCCUUCAAGCCGGGCCUCCACCAGGCUGACAUCAAGCUGACUGUGUGGAAAAGGCUCUUCCGAAAAGUUCUGCCGGCCCCGGAGUCCCUCAAGCUGGACCCCGCCACCGCCCACCCACUCCUGGAACUCUCCAAGGGCAACACGGUGGUGCAGUGUGGGCUCCUGGCCCAGCGGCGAGCCAGCCAGCCAGAGCGCUUUGACUACAGUACUUGUGUCCUGGCCAGCCGGGGCUUCUCCUGCGGCCGUCACUACUGGGAGGUGGUGGUGGGCAGCAAGAGCGACUGGCGCCUGGGGGUCAUCAAGGGCACGGCCAGUCGCAAGGGCAGGCUGAGCAAGUCCCCGGAGAAUGGCGUGUGGCUCAUUGGCCUGAAGGAGGGCCGGGUGUACGAGGCCUUCGGCUGCCCUCGGGUGCCCCUGCCUGUGGCCGGCCACCCCCACCGCAUCGGCGUCUACUUGCACUACGAGCGUGGCGAGCUCACCUUCUUUGAUGCUGACCGGCCCGAUGACCUGCGGCCGCUCUACACGUUCCAGGCUGACUUCCAGGGCAAGCUCUACCCCAUCCUGGACACGUGCUGGCACGAGAAGGGCGGCAACGCGCUGCCUCUGGUGCUGCCCCCGCCCAGCGGGCCUGCCCACCUCACCCCCACGCAGCCCACCAAGCUGUAGGGCUGCCGGUCGGUCUGCCUGCCUGCGGGCUCUUCCCAGCCGGGGCUCUGCUGGGUCCAGUGUGCAGAGAUGAUGUUCUUUACCGUGUGGGAAGGUCUUCACGCCUGUGUGUUCCUAGAAACGUUUAAUGAUAGGAAGAAAAGGACCACAAUCCCUUCCCCUACAGCCAGGGGCCUAUUGAUUCACCUUUUGCCGGGUUAUUCACCUCCUCAUAAACCAGCAGAACCAGGCCUGGGUGUCCACGGGUUAAGAUAGGCUUCCCUUGGUCCCUCCUAAGCCCACUUUCUGCUUCCUCUUUUAACUGGAGCUGGAAACAUUCCCACACGUGAUUUCUCCAUGUCAUUGUGAACUUAAGGAUAAUAAAUUUGAUACCGUCUUUCUCUUUA